GUCCGACAUUCUUACGUGAACUGCUUACCAGCACUUGAGACUAGAGACCGCCCUUAGCUACGUAUGCGCGCGUCCACGCGAAUGGCUGGAAAUGCUGCGGCUGAGAGCUAAAGUGUGCGAGACCAGCGACGCGUGAUUACUUUUACCAACCAUUAAAAUAUUCCGCGGAUUCGACAUUUCCAUUGCAGGACAGCUCAUCGUGAUCGGAUUAAGAUGGUGUCAAGAGUUUAAAGGAAUGUGACGGAGCACAAAACCGAUAACGGUAUUUCGGGCUGACCCUGACAUCCUGUUGUUUCUCUAUUGGUCCCUGCUGACGAGAGCGAGUGAAGCCUAAGCCGGCCUGCUUGCACGAGGCGCCGCGAGCCGCGGGGAGUCCAUGGCUGUCGUCUGAUCCUCAGCGCUGUCAAGAGUUCUCACGGCUUGGAGAUUUGCCCUGUGUCUGCAGCAGUGUUCUAGAAGAGUCCAUUCUCCCCCCUCUGGGCCCAUGGAGGGCUUUCCAGUCCACUGAGCCUGUGGCGCCACACCAGGACAAGAACCAUGUCCGCCUGCAACACCUUCACAGAGCACGUGUGGAAACCGGGUGAGUGCAAGAACUGCUUCAAACCCAAGAGUCUGCACCGCCUCAGUGAGGGUGCUCCCAGGAAGGGUCCCCCUGCACGAGCCCAGACUCAGCAGAGCCACCCUCCAACUGGAGGCAGGUCCAACGCCAACCUUGCCAGCAGCUCCCAGCAGAGCGGUAGUACAACACGCUCUGGUCAGUUCCGGCCACCUGUUGCCAAGAAACCCACAAUUGCAGUGAAGCCCACCAUGAUGCUCCCCUGCUCCCCUACAGGCCUGGACCCGGAGGGAAACCAGCGAUCUGCUGAUGGCCCAGGGACUGGCAAAACCUCAGCGUUCACUGUGUGGAAUCGUAAUGGACUUAAUCACCAAAGGCCUGGUGGACCAAACAACAAUGAGGGGGAAAAUGGCGGCGAUGAAAUUGAAGGCUAUGGUCAGUGCAGCCCAAGAACUCCCAUUGGCAAUAACAACAACAAUGGACUCACGGAUAUGCUUAAGGAGAUUGCCGGCCUGGGUUCUGGGCCUAGCCCCAGUUCAAGAGACAACUUCCUAGACAGGAUCAGCAGCUCAUACCGGCGCUCUCUGGAGAGGGGACUGCCAGCUGCUGGGUGCCUGGCCAUGGGCAGCACCAGUGGCCAAGCCAAACGGGUAUCUCUCAGUGACAGUGCAGAGGUCAUAAGCACUGAAGGCGGACGCUUUUGCUAUCCUGAGUUCUCGAGCGAAGGGGAGGAUGAUGAUGAGGAUGAGGAUGAUGGUGAUGAUGAACACGAGAGCUGGGAUGAAAGUGAUGAGGAGCUCCUAGCCAUGGAGAUCCGAAUGAAGGGUCAACCGCGAUUCGCAAACUUUCGUGCUGCAACUUUGUCUCCAGUGCCCUUUGCUGCAGGAAAGAAAUGGAACACUGUGCCACUCCGGAAUCGCUCACUGCAGCGCAUCUGUGCUGUGGACUAUGAUGACAGUUAUGAUGAAAUCCUCAAUGGUUAUCCCUCUAUGGACUCUAAUGGUGGGCCUGGCCUCCUCCCAUAUGGACAAAAUGACUUGCAAGGCAGUGGGUUCUUGUCAAACUCAGAAUCCACCACCUCCCCAGAAUCUUCUUCCUCUAUGCCAGAUGAUUCACGCACCUCGUCCAGCACUAGCAGUGCCCCUUUUGGUGUUCGCAAUGGCCUGCACUCACCAGCUCCUCGGGAGGCCCUAACUCGUGCAGGUCCAGCAGAAAGACAACCUCAGCACAGAGCCUUGAGUUCACCAAAAGCCAAUGAAACCCACAAAGCUGUUCUUGCCAUUCGACUGGAGGACCAAGAAGCAAUCCAACGGGAAGGUGGUGCUCUUCCUCAGGCUCUCCCUGGCCAGCCCAUUACAAUUAGCUUUAGUCCCACUGAGGAACAAGCCAAACCUUACCGAGUGGUGAACCUUGAAAAGCCUCCCAUUUGUAAGCCUUACACUGUGGUAGAUGUAUCCGCGUCUAUGGCAAGCACAGAAAGCUAUGCCCCAGAAAGCACUCCCAAACCCAAGGGACCAUCAACUCCCUUGAGCCCACCACCUUACCCUGGCUCUCCAAUUAGUUUGUCAUUGUCAGCAGGUUCCCCAAUGUCCCCAGCAUCACCACUGUCUCCAGUGACACCUGACUCCCCAACAACCCCGGUUUCUCCGUCGACAGCAAACUCCUCUGCUCCUCUCAGCACUUCUCGCAAAAAGCCUGGAAAUAUCCGGUACCAGGAGGUGUGGACUUCCAGCACCAGCCCACGACAGAAGAUCCCCAGGGUUGAGCUGGUCUCUGGUGGAACCCCUGGGCCCUCUGUACCCCCUAGACACUGCAACCACAAAUCUGCACCCACCUCCCCCAUUGCAGGCCUAUCUUCAUCCCGCACGGUGCCUGUGAAGUCCCCAAAUCUGUCAGAGAUCAAGUUCAACAGUUACAACAAUGCAGGAAUGCCCCCCUUCCCAAUCAUCAUUCGUGAUGAGCCUACUUACGCCCGCAGCUCAAAAAAUGCUGUAAAGGUUCCCAUUGUUAUCAACCCCAGUGCUUAUGACAACUUGGCUGUGUACAAAAGCUUCCUGGGUCUCAGCGGUGAGCUGCCUCAGCCCAAAUCUGGUGCUGGAGGCAGGGUCACCAGUCACACCUAUGAGGAAAUUGGUUCAUCUGAGAGUGUCCAGGCCUCCCCUGAUGAGAAGACUCCCAGUAAUAAAUCAGCAGUAGACAAACUUACUGCAGAGGAUGUAGUGGGUGGCUUCGGAACAUCCCAAGACAUGAACUGCAGAACCACUACUGACCUUAAUAUCACACCAGCUACCACUCCUGUAUUCCCUGUUCCUCCCACUACUGCAUCCUCUCCUCUGCCUGGUAGUCUGUCAGCCUGCAGCCCCAUCUGUGCCACCCCGGGGCGUAGUCGAAAGCCCAGUGGGGAGGCUAGUAAAGACAGCAACACUGACACUAUGUCCUCGUCCGGUACAGGGCACCGGGAGAAAGCUAGCACUGUGCUGUCCCAGCUAGUGGCCUCCAUCCAGCCACCUCAGUCCCCUCCAGAGUCCCCGUCUGCUCAGAGCAAAGCUUGCAGUGCUGAGGAGCUCUAUGCCCUCCCACCUGAUGCCACUAGGGAGACGCUCAGCAGACCCAAGUCCCUUUUCUCCUCCACUGACGGAUGUCUGUCCAAACCUAGAAAGGAGACUCCAGCCAAACAGUUGCCAAAGUCCCAGAGUGCAUCUGCCACUGUGGCCCCCACUAGUCCGAAGGCAGAAGCGAACCCCCCCUUCCCUCCUCCUAGGUCCACCUCCUCUCCAUACCAUGCCACCAACCUUCUCCAGAGGCACUUCAGCAACUGGACUAAGCCUUCUGCAGGGUCCGCUCGGCCCAGUGACGGAGAGAUAAGUCCAGGGGGUGGGGAGGGAAGACGUCCAUCAUCCGAGAGUGCCAAACCUAAGCGCUGGAUAUCCUUUAAGAGCUUCUUCCGCCGGCGGAAGGACGAAGAUGAGCAGAAAGAGAAAAUGGAGCGCGAGAAGGAGAAAGGCAAGCUGGUGGGCCUCGACGGAACUGUAAUCACCAUGCUACCUCCGCCUCCCACUCAACGCCAUCACUGGUUUGCAGAAGCCAAGACAGAUGACCCCAACCAGAAACCCACGAUAAUAUUUACAUAUAAACCAGACAGCAGUUCCACCGGUGAUGGGGAGGGCGAAUUGCGUGUUGAAGAGUGCAGGGAGCCUGUGUUGUCUUCAGGAGAGGUCCCUGCCAUAAGGCCCUUGUCCCCUGGACAGCCAGCACCAAAAAGCAGAGCAAGUCUCCUUAUCAGCAAAGUUAUGAGCCAAGCGCAGAUGGAGUCAGCCGAGAGCGAGAUGCCCACUGCUGCCUCCCUGCCGGCCAAGCUGGAGUUGUCAUCCGUGGCAGAGGCUGGAGCCUCGGGUGCCAGGCCCAUCCCUACAUCAGCCAGCGAGGGCAGUGCCAGCCUAGGGGAGCAGGAAGAGGAGGGCAGCCACUCGUACUCACCAGCUUCCAGCUCCUGUAGCGCCACCUACAGCAACCUAGGUCAGUCCAGAGCCAACAUGAUCCCUCUGAAGCAACCAAGAAACGCCAAGGCCUCGGACGACACCCUCGCCUCAGUCGACCCGGAUGCCCUUGAAUCGGUGGUCAAGGACACACCGCCUCCCCUUCCCAAGAAGGGCACCGCCUACCGCCCCUCCACGGCGGAUUCCUCCACCCUCCAGAGCAAGGACGUGACGCCCCUGCGGCCUCGAGGCGAGGCCAAGCCCGGGGGCACCAACCUGAGCGUGGCCAACCCGCUCUACGACCUGGACUCCACCUGGGAGACGGCCAGCCAGAGCUCCUCACUCAGCUCCGAGGCGCGCGGCCUUCCGGACCACGAGUCGGGCGACUCACUGGAGAGGCCUGCCGUGGGCAAGGGGCGACCCGCCAACAGCCUGUCCUGCCUGACCACCACCACGGCCAACAGCGCCACGGCGGGCCGUGAGCGGCGGGGCUACCGCAGCGCUGAGUCCCUGGCGGGCCGGGCCCGCACCACGGGCAGGAUGGGCGCCGCUAACGUAGGGGCAGCCAGCGGUGCCCAGCCCCAGAGGCAGGCCCUCUAUAAGGGCAUGGACAGCUGGGAGGAGGUGGUGGGCCGCAUCCGAGGCCUGCACACGGACACGCUGCGCAAGCUGGCCGGCAAGUGCGAGGACCGUUUCAUGGCUGGCCAGAAGGAUCAUGUGCGGUUCGGCACGGACAGCUGGUCCCACUUCAGGCUGACCACAGGCAAGCCCUGUUGCGAGGCCGGAGAUGCCGUCUACUACACGGCCUCCUACGCCAAAGACCCACUAGUCAACUACGCGAUCAAGAUCUGCCGGAGCAAAGUGAAGGAGACCCAGCAGCAGUUCUUCCACAGCCUGGCGGUGAGGCAAAGCCUGCCACUGCACUUCAACAUCCAGCAGGACUGCGGCCAUUUUGUGGCCGAUGUGCCCGCUCGCCUGCUGCCCUGGGAGGAGGAAGAGGAGGAGGAGGAGGAAGAAAAAGAGGAGAGAGAAGAGGAGGAGGAGGAGGAGGAGACGAAAGAGAAGGAUGCAGACAAAGAGGAGAAGGGCCCAGAGAGGGAGAAGAGGAGAGAGACCGCGGAAAAGAAGGGAGGAAACACGAGCGGAAAAAUCAAGAAUUUGGCCGAGGCGUCUGAGGCGGCGACGCAGAACGGGCAGGAGGGCGAGGGCAGCAGCACCGCCGCCGCCGGGGCUUCUGGGAAACUUAGAAGCCGCGUGGUGGUCAUCACGCGCGAGGUGCCCUUCCAGACGGUGGCCGACUUUGUGCGCGAAGGCCAGGAGCGGCACGCCCACAGCCCGGACCUGUACGAGCGGCAGGUGUGCCUGCUGCUGCUGCAGCUGUGCUCCGGCCUGGAGCACAUGAAGCCCUUCCACGUCACGCACUGCGACCUGCGCCUGGAGAACCUGCUGCUGGUGCACUGCCAGCCGGGCAACCCCUGGAACCUGGACGUGCCCAGCGAGCCCAACAACAACAACAACGCCUUCGCGGCGGGCGGCGGCGGAGCGGGCGCCCUGGCCAACGCCUGCCCCGCGCGCCUCAUCAUCAGCAACUUCAACAGGAGCUCUGGAAAUCAGUGCAAAACCAUUCGCACUUAG